GCGAGAGGGCGCUGUCACGACCAUCAAGUUACUUCUGCCAUGUCUGCAUGUCCCACACGUUCUGUUUCCUUUAUUUCUAUCAUGACAUAGGCCUACAUGAUUAUAUGAAGACUUUUGAAGAGUCAUGAUGAUGGCAAGAUGCUGAAAACAGACAAGGUACUGCAAGUGAAGACGAGGCAGGGGCGUGCCUUGAGGCUGGUGAGGGAGCACUACUUGAGGGAGGAUGUACCUUGUAAUAGUCAACUCUGCUUGGCUGGAUGUAGACAAACUGGAAGUUCCACCACGCCUGCCGACGUGACGCAUUAUCUCAUUCCUGACUGUCGCGUCACCGGCGAGUUUCUGGAAAUUUUGGAGUUGCCGGAGUUUACGGGAAUCGUCUUCAUGCAGACGGUGCUUCACUAUGUGUUGCACGAGAAAGGACGUCGCUUUCACCGACGCUUACGGACCAAGGUCAGGGACGGUCGGAACCACUGCGCGGUCUUCGCCAACGAGUUUUGCCGUUACGCCUACACUCCCAGACAGCCGGGCGAGAGCCAUGGAGAUUGGCUUGUCAGGGUUGUGUAUGACAGCGCUGUGUGGUAUUACAAUCAUCUAGCUGGACAGAAAGCCAUUGUGUUUCUGACACAAGACGAAAACGCAAUAGCCAAAUAUGGAAGUGAGACCAUUGGUGUUCAUGUCAUGAAUAUUCAUCAGUAUCUGGAGGUGUUUUGGCCCACCCUGACCCAGGCUCAUGACAUCUACGAAUCGCUUGCUGCAUCACUGGCUGAUACCACGGACAACAAAAAAGGUGGUUGCAAGGAGUACACCGAGUACCUACCGAGUGAUGUGCUAGCGGCAGGCAUCAAGUCAGGACUGUACAUUGAGGGGAUGUUGCGAGUCAACAAAUACCAUGCACAGAACGAGGCAUUCGUCGCCAGAGGAAGUGGCAGCAAAGGAAUCAAUUUGGAUUCUGACAUCUUGAUAGCUGGAAUGAAAAACAGGAAUCGGGCUGUUCAUGGGGACCAAGUAGCUGUUGAAUUGCUCCCCAGGUCACAGUGGAUCGGCAAAAUCAAUUCUUUGUCUUCAACUGGUGAUCCAGCGGAGGUAUCAGACGUAGAUCAGAGCAACGCCAAGCCCACCGGACGCAUAGUGGGUGUGUUGCAGAGACACUGGAGGGAUUACGUAGCCAGCUUUCCUGAAGAACAAGAGAGCCAAGGUUCUAGAGCGGGCAAGGUCCUCGUCAUUCCGUGGGAUUACCGCAUCCCCAAGAUACGCAUCAGCACAAGACAAGCAGAGGCGCUCCGAGAGGACAGAAUCGUUGUGCGGCUUGACUCGUGGGAGACGGACUCCCAGUAUCCCAACGGUCAUUUUGUGCGGUCGCUUGGGCCGACGGGCAGCCUGGAAACGGAGAUAGCAGCCAUCUUGGUUGAGAACAGCAUCUCGGUUGGGGCGUUCUCCGAGGGUCAGGUGAAAGAAUUACCGAGCAAUUCGGAGGAGACUCCGUGGACAAUGAGUGAAGAGGAAAUAUCGCAGCGACGAGACCUCCGCCAGACACAUCUUGUCUUCAGCAUCGAUCCCAAGGGCUGUGAAGACGUGGAUGAUACUUUGUCCAUAAGGGAACUGAAGAACGGUAAGGUGUUGGAACUAGGUGUUCACAUCGCCGAUGUCUCAUACUUCGUCAAACCCAAUUCACUCACAGAUCUGGAGGCCAAACAGAGAUCCACGACAGUGUACCUUGCAGACCGACGUUACGACAUGCUGCCCACUAUCCUGAGCGCGGAUCUCUGCUCUCUGAUUGGUGGAGUGGAUCGCUACGCCAUGAGCGUCAUGUGGCAGUUGGACCCUCAGACGUAUGAAGUCCGUAAAGUCUGGUACGGCCGCACCGUCAUCCGAUCCUCCCACAAGAUGUUCUAUGAGGCCGCGCAAGCAUUGCAUGAUGGGAAGGACGUGAGGCACGACAUUCCAGAGUUGGCCGGAAUGAACGAGGACGAAGUAGAAAAGCGGUUGGGGGAGCUGCGUUGGUGCAUUGACAAGCUGAUGGACAUCGCCAGGAGCCUGAAGGCGCGGAGGGUGGUGGGCGGGGCCGUGCAGCUGGAAGGGGUGGAGGUCAAAGUUGAACUCAAUGAAGAGCAAGAAAUUGAAGACCUCAUCCCCAAACAGACCAUGGAGAUCCAUGAGACCAUAGCGGAGAGCAUGAUCUUCGCCAAUCACUGGGUUGCUAAGAAGAUAGCAGAGGCAUUCCCCAACUGUUCACUGCUAAGGCACCACCCCUUGCCAAGACAGGACCAGUUCCAGGAUCUGGUGGAUAGUGCUAAGGCAAGGGGCUUCACCAUCGACACGAGUUCCAACAAGGCACUUGCCGAUUCUCUAGACAAGUGCGUUGACCCCAAGGAUCCCGUCUACAAUAAGAUCCUGCGUUCACUGGCGACCAAGGCCAUGUCCAAUGCGUUGUAUUUCUCAACUGGUAGUCUGCCCAGAGAUCAGUUCUUCCAUUAUGGUCUUGCUCUGGACAGAUACACGCAUUUCACCUCACCCAUCAGAAGAUAUGCUGAUAUUAUUGUGCAUCGUCUGUUAAUGGCAGCCAUUACUGACGAUCAUGGUGACGGGCUGUCGUUGCUUAGCAACAAUGCAUUAGAGGAGCUGUGUGGCCACAUCAAUAACAGACACAGGGCUUCCCAGCAUGCCCAGCAGGACUCGCAGGCAUUGUUUCAGGCACUGUUCUUUAAGGACAAGGACCCAACGACUGACGAGUGUUGUACAGUGGAUGCCGUGGUCCACAGUCUCAGGGCCAAUGGCUUCCUCAUCUUCAUCCCAAGGUAUGGCAUAAAGGGAGCUGUGUCAUUGAAGGAUAAAGAAGGACGCGUGUGUGACCUUUCAGAAGAUGGCAAGCCAACAUGGACAGCAGGCUCAGUGACCAGAACUGCCUAUGCGAUCACCGCGACAACCGCCACCAGCCAAUCAACUUUUAGUCUCUUUGACCAUGUGACAGUUCGAAUCUCUGUGCAAUCCUCAAGAUCACACGCCCAGUCUCUCCACUUUGAGUUGAUAUCCACACGGCCACAUCUAGCCAGCCAGCUCAUGGAACAAGGACAUGGUCUACGCACCGACAUUGUACAGGAGGUUACCAGCAUAUCGGGAGAGCAGCAUGAGACACCACCGGGUGACAUGUAUGAGACCACGGAUGUCCUGGGCAGCAGCAUUGGUCAGCUCAGGCAGGAGUAUGGCCAGACGGAGAGCCAUAAGAGCUUGUAUUGUCUGCUACAGGAGUUUGCAGAGAUGGGCUUGCAAGAGAGUGAGCCCGGCUAGGGCUAGGGCUCAGGCUGGGUCAGAAUAAAUAAUUGGCUGCGACUAUGGGGAGUAGACU